CUUACAAGUUAUAAUAAAAUAAGUAAAGAAUUUAUGAGUUCACAGAACUUAAGUUUCAUCCUAUUUUCCAUAGUUGCUGACGAACAAAUAAUUAAUUAGUCGUCUAACGUAAAUUGUAAUGGUUGACAGGAAAAAAGGAAAAUGGAAAGGGUAAGCUGUUUAAUGAUUCCAAGAUCAGUGAAUUCCAAGAGAAAAGAAGCAACAAAGAAACUAACAAGAAAAAACGAGAAUGCAAGAAAUGAAGUGAGAAAGUCUCAGCCAGACAGAACUUCACCUACGAGGGAUAUUGUUCAAGAUGUGUUAACAGAUCUGGUUAAUAUAAGCAGUGUACCUGAAGAGGUCAAGCGGAAUCAACAAGAUUUAAAUGUAGUCCCAGCAAGUGUCUCUGAUGCAAUCAAAUCACAGCAAAAUGCACCCUAUGUUAAUGUUGGUCCAGUGUCCUAUAGUAAGAGGGUACCAGUCUAUCAACGAAAACGGAAAACAAAUCAACACAUGACUGAGACUGGGCACAAUGUUUACACAGGGUUAACCUGGGAGCCAGAGGUUUUUGUUCACCAAAAUACAAGAAGUAGACACAGAGAAAGUGAUGAUAGGAAUGAUUACUAUCCUAGACAGUGGGAGUAUACAAAGCUCGGUCAGCAGUAUUUACGGCAUCCUGCAAGGCACAGAGGUAUCGAGUUCACUGUAAUGAGUUACAAUAUCUUGGCACAAAAUCUUCUAGAAAACAACUACAACUUGUAUUACAAUAGCCCACAUGAGGUGCUAGAUUGGAGGUAUCGCAAGAAACAGUUGAUGCGGGAGCUUAUAUAUCAUAGUCCAGAUGUCAUGUGCCUACAGGAAGUUAAUGCUGGUCACUUUGAAGACUUCUUUCUACCAGAACUGAGAAAACAAGGUUAUGAUGGAGUAUACAUGAAAAGAAUGGGGGAUAAACUGGAUGGUUGUGCUACUUUCUACAAGAGGCACAAAUUUACUUGUGUUGAAGUUGUAAGAGUGCCUUAUUCUCAAAGAAAUGGAGGAGAACUAUUAGACAGGGAUAAUGUUGGACUGAUAGUGAAACUUAUUCCAAGGUCAAUGCCAUCAAACAGAAGUCUUACUGUUGCUAACACCCAUUUGUUGUUUAAUCCUAGACGAGGUGAUAUUAAAUUGGCUCAGUUAAUGGUGUUGUUAGCAGAGAUAGACAAGUGUGCAUACUCUGGGGCCUCCUAUGACAAGUAUAAUGCAGUUAUCAUGUGUGGAGAUUUCAAUUCAGAACCGCACAGUGACAUUUAUAAACUGAUUAUUAUGGGGUUUUUGAAGUAUGAGGGACUGUUAAUCAGAGAGAUCUCUGGUCAGCAGGAAGGUAGAUAUGGACGCAGUAAUUCAACCCUGGGUAAACAUUUCUUUCCCGAGCAAGCAGGUAUAAGUGACGAUUGUCAGUAUUGUUAUGUUGUUAGUGAACGUGUACAACAUAGCAGUGGCACUGGUAACAGUGGUGAUGCCGACAAUGACAUUCAAGUUAUCGGACCUCAGGGAAGUGGUCAAUUAAGACAUGAUCUCCAUUUUAUUUCGGUUUAUGAACACUGGUUGUCAAGGUUACGAUACAGAUACAGAGAAGUUACAACACACCAUGGUAAGGCAGCAUGUUCCGUUGACUACUUGUUUUACGGAGUAAGAUCAGGAAUGACGAGAAUCUACGAAGGCGAGGUUCAAACAAAGGAUGUACGUGAAGGUCAUUUGUGUCUUCUCGCAAGAUAUGGUUUGUUGUCUAGUUAUGAACUCAAUGACAUGGGAAGUCUCCCAAAUUAUCAGUACGGCUCAGACCAUCUUUGUGUUAUUGCCAGGGUUUUUGCUGACAAAAUUAAAGAAAUAAUUUCAGGAGGUUGA